AGAGAAGCCUUUCUUUGUAACCAAGGGACUGAAGGCAUCUUUCCACAUUCAUAGGUGAUCCAAGAGAAGGAGAAGGAGAUGGAAGAGCAGGACCCAGAAGGACUCGAAACUGGCAAGACAGCAAGCAAAGGCCCUCAUCCCACGCCUGCUGGGAGUGGUGUUGAAUUCUGGGAAAGUCUGGUGCCAGAUAUCUGUUAUCAGCUCACUGCAGUCUCAGAUGUGCGUUGCCGACGCUUCCGGCAGUUCAGCUACCAUGAGUCCGAUGGGCCCCGAGAGGUUUGCAGCCAGCUCCAUGGACUUUGCAACCAGUGGCUGAAGCCGGAGAGGCACACCAAGAAGCAGAUCCUGGACCUGGUGAUCCUGGAGCAGUUCCUGACUCUCCUGCCCCAGGAAAUGCAGGGCUGGGUCAGAGGAUGUGGGCCGGAGACCAGUUCCCAGGCGGUGGCCCUGGCCGAAGGUUUCCUCCUGAGUCAGGCAGAGGAGAAGAGGCAGGCAGAACAGAUGUGGGCACCACCCUUGAAGAAGGAAGCUACAUUCUCUGAGGGGAAAGGAACUUCCUCAGAGCAAGGGCAGAAGGCACAGACCCUGGAGGAUGCCCAAGACGCCCUCUUCUGUGGCAGUGGAGAAAUGCUGUUGAGCCGUCAUCAUCAUUUCAGAUGUGUGGAAACAGCUGCAGUCCAGUCUCUCUUUCCCUUUGAGGAGGUGUCCGUCUCUUUCACGGAGGCGGAGUGGGCCCUUCUGGAUCCAGGCCAAAGAGCUCUCUACAGGGAAGUCAUGAUGGAGAACUAUGGGAACGUAGCCUCUCUGGAAGCCAGAAGUAUAAGUGAAACUAUGGUGGAGACAGACAACAGCCUCACAUCCAAAGAAAGACUGGAAAGUCCCUCAAGAAGAUCCCAAGAGCCUAUUUCCUUUGCAAAUGAUCUGGCUGAAACAAAGGAUGAUCAGAGGACUGAGGAGGGUAAAGAACUUCAUCAGCAAAUGCCAGACAGAGUUAAAAUUGAAGACCUGAAAGAAAAUGUCAGAAAUCAAAGCAGGCCUGGGAGAAAGAAAGGUAGCCAUAUGGUUGAGAAGCAAGAUGGAAGACAGUGGAAUGUCCGUUUCCCCAAGCACAGAAUAAUGAAGGCAAGUAAAUCCAUUCAGUGUGGAAAGUAUUUCAGAAACAGAUCACAGCUCCAAGUUCACCAAAGAAUAUACAGAGGGGAGAAACUGUUGGAAUGCUCAGAUUGCGGAAAGAAAUUCAGCCAGAGUGACAGUCUUCAGGAGCAUCUAAGAACCCACACAAGGGAGAAACUUUUUCAGUGCUCAGAGUGUGGAAAGAGAUUCAAUCGGAAUCAAAAUCUUCAGCAGCAUCAGCGAACCCACACAGGGGAGAAACCUUUUGAAUGUUCAGUGUGUGGAAAGAGAUUUGGUGUGAGGGGGAAUCUUCAGCAGCAUCAGAGAACCCACACAGGGGAGAAACCAUUUGAAUGCACAGAGUGUGGAAAGAGAUUCAGCUGGAGUGGCACUCUUCAACUGCACCAAAGAACCCACACAGGGGAAAAACCUUUUGAAUGCUCAGAAUGCGGAAAGAGAUUCAGUCAGAGUGCCAAUCUUCAGCAGCAUCUAAGAACUCACACAAAGGAGAAAACGUUUGGAUGCUCAGAGUGUGGAAAGAGAUUCAAGUUGCGUGACAGUCUUCAAAAGCAUCUGACAACCCACACAGGGGAGAAACCUUUGGAAUGUUCAGAAUGUGGAAAGAGAUUCAGUCAAAGUGGCAAACUGCAACAGCAUCAGAGAACCCAUUCAGGGGAGAAACCUUUUGAAUGCUCAGUGUGUGGAAAGAGAUUCAGCAUGAGAGGGAAUCUUCAACAGCAUCAGAUAACCCACACAACGGAGAAACCUUUUGAAUGCCCAGAAUGUGGAAAAAAAUUCAGUUGGAGUUGUGCUCUUCUACAGCACCAAAGAACCCACAGAGGGGAAAAACCUUUUGAAUGCCCAGAGUGUGCGAAAAGAUUCAGUCAGAGUGGCCAUUUGCAACAGCAUCUAAGAACCCACACAGGGGAGAAACCUUUUGAAUGCUCAGAGUGUGGAAAGAGAUUCAGUCGGGUUAGCAAGCUUCAACUGCAUCAAAGAACCCACACAGGGGAGAAACCUUUUGAGUGCUCAGAGUGUGGAAAGACAUUCAGUCAGAGUGGCCAUCUUCAACUCCACUGGAGAAACCACACAGGGGAGAAACCUUUUGAAUGCUCAGAGUGCAGAAAGAGAUUCAGUCAGAGUAGUGAUCUUCUACUCCAUCAGAGAACCCACACAGGGGAAAAACCUUUUGAAUGCCUGGAGUGUGGAAAGAGAUUUAGUCAGAGUAGCAAUCUUCAAAAGCAUCUGAAAACCCACACAGUGGGGAAACCCUCUGAAAACAAAAACUUUUGAUUGCUCAGACCUUUGAGUUUCACUCAGCAUGGAAACCUUCUACAGCAGGGUUGGCAAGUGAAAGUUGUGGGACAUAAAUUCCCCAACCCCAGUUGUCUUCCCCAUGCACCCCUAGAUUCUCCCACAGAGAAUCAGGCAGGAGAAGUACAUAAGAGAAGCCAUGUUGGAUCAGGCCAGUGGCCCUUCAACACUCUGUAUCACACAGCGGCCAAAAAAUCAGGAGGUCCACCAGUGGGGCCAGGACUACCGGAAGCCCUCCCACUGUUGCCCCCCCACAAGCACCAAGAAUAAAGAGCAUCACGUGCCCCAGAUAGAGCGUUUCAUCUAUAUCUUUGUGGUUAAUAGCCACUGAUGGACCUCUGCUCCAUAUGCUUAUUCAUUCCCCUCUUGAAGCUGUCUAUGCUUGUAGCCGCCACCACCUCCUGUGGCAGUGAAUUCCACGUGUUAAUCACCAUUUGGGUGAAGAAGUGUACUUCCUUUUAUCCGUUCUAACCCGACUGCUCAGCAAUUUCAUUGAGUGCCCACAAGUUCUUGUAUUGUGAGAAAGGGAGAAAAGGACUCCUUUCUCUACUUUCUCCAUCCCAUGCAUAAUCUUGUAAAUCAUGUCACCCCUCAGUCGAUGUUCCUCCAGGCUAAAGAGGUUUCUCCAGGCUUACAUUUGUAUCAUGUAAAUCAGACUUUCUUUUCUGUGCUUUGUGGGGUUUUUUUUAAUGGGUUGGGCUUCAUUAAAUGUGUCAAAAGAU